AUGGCAUCUCCAAAACUGUUCUUACUUAUUGCCAUCCUGGCAACCUUCAUUAUAAGCAGCAAUGCUGGCUUGCUGGACUCUCUCUCUCCAACUAUACUUACGAAAUUCUAUAGUAAAGCACCAACAAGGGAAGGUUACCGGUUCAACUUGGAAGAACCGAAUGGCAGCAAACGCGAAGAGAUUGGUAUGGUAAUGAAUCCGGGUACCGAUGAUGAACAUCUCGUAGUCAUGGGUUCUUAUACGGUCUACGAUGAGAAGAGCGAAACCGAAACGGUGACGAUGUACACAGCGGAUAAGGAUGGUUAUAAGCCACGUUACAUGUUCAAGAAUCGCAAAUUGUCUCUAAAUGCGCUUAAAUCGACAAAUGCAAACAUUUUACAAGGCGUAGGGGAACAUUAA